AUGUCCAGCAGGUCCAAGUCACUGAACUCUCGGGGGGCCAGAAGGGACGUGACAAAAACUUUCGCCACUUUUGGACCUGCAAAGCACAACCCUCCCCCUCAUACCCUCCCAGGAGGUGAAGGGCCGUUCCACGGCCGCGGCGUGACCCUGCACAACACCCGCUCUGAGUUUCCGCAGGGUGGCAGCAGCAUGAACCUGAAGAAGUACUUCGUUCGGGCGCUGCACCGCCUGCAGAAGGGCCCCGGCUACACCUACAAGGAGCUGCUGGUCUGGUACUGCGACAACACCAACACCCACGGCCCGAAGCGCAUCAUCAAAGAGGGGCCGAAGAAGAAAUUAAUCUGGUUCUUCCUGACGCUGCUCUUUGCGUCUCUGGUCUUCUGGCAGUGGGGUAUCCUCAUCAACACCUACCUCUCCUAUAACGUCACGUCAUCUCUCUCUAUUGGCUUCAAGACCAUGAAGUUCCCAGCAGUCACGGUCUGCAAUGCCAACCCGUUCAAGUACUCAGAGGUGAAGCAUCUGCUGAAAGAACUGGACAGGCUCAUCGAAGCGGCGCUGGAGAGGAUCCUGCAGCCCACGCCGGGGAACAGCA